AAAGGCGACGUGCGGUUGCGUCUGGGCGAUUGCGCUGAGGUGGGGCCGUACUGUCUAGCCCACUCCCCUCUACUGCAGCGCUGGUUCGAGGCAGCCAUGGCCUGGCCGCGUGUGCGGCUGGUGGUCACCGCGGAUGACUUUGGUUACUGUCCGCGGCGUGAUGAAGGUAUCGUGGAGGCCUUUCUGGCAGGGACCGUGACCAGCGUGUCCCUGCUGGUGAACGGCGCAGCGGUGGAGAGUGCGGCGGAGCUGGCCCGAAGGCACAGCAUCCCCACCGGUCUCCACGCCAACCUGUCCGAGGGUCAUCCCGUGGGCCCGGCCCGCCGUGGCACCUCGUCGCUGCUUAGUCCUGAAGGCUUCUUCCUGGGCAAGAUGGGAUUCCGAGAGGCGGUGGCUGCCGGACGCGUGGCGCUGUCCCAGGUGCGAGAGGAGCUAGAGGCCCAGCUAAGCCUCUUCAGGGUGUUGCUGGGCAAGCCCCCCACGCAUGUGGAUGGGCACCAGCACGUACACGUGCUGCCAGGUGUGUGCCAGGUGUUCGCCGAGGCGCUGCAGGCCUGCGGAGUGCGCUUCACAAGACUGCCGCUGGAACGCGGGGUGGGCGGCUGUGCGUGGCUGGAAGCCCCCGCGCGCGCCUUUGCCUGUGCGGUAGAGCACGAUGCCCGGGCCGCCAUGGGCCCCUUCUCUCACCACGGCCUGCGGUGGACAGACGCCUUUGUGGGCUUGAGCACUUGCGGGCGAUACAUGUCUGCUCACCGCGUGUUGGGGGCCGUGGUACGGGCCCUGGAAGAUAAUCCCACAGGCCAUACCCUGACAGUGGAGCUGAUGACACACCCCGGUUACCCCAGUGUGCCCCCAGCCGGAGGCUGUGGUGAGGGUCCUGACGCUUUCUCCUGCUCUUGGGAGAGACUGCAUGAACUGCGUGUUCUCACAGCACCCACACUGCGGGCAAGGCUGGCCCAGGACGGGGUGCAACUCUGUGCCCUUGAGGACCUGGACUCCAAGAGGCCAGAAGAAGGACUCUCUUGCCAGCCCACUCUGGAACCUUUCCUGGGUCCUUCCCUACCUAAGCACUAAUGCUCCUUGGUGUGGAGGAAGGGGACUAAGAUUAUGCUCAGGUGUAGCCUAGAACUAGGCCCUGGAGCAGGGUCUCUGACUUCCCAGUGUGACACACUGCCAGUCAGCUCUGUGCCCAGGUUCUCAUGGGUCAGAGUGGCAGCCAGUGCUUGGCUAUAGGCAGGUCCAGCCUGUGACAUCAGGGUGUAGGGCCUGCAGAGUGCUGGAUACUGAUUCAUGUUGCAGUGUAAACGCCUGACUGCUCAGUGACAGUGGACAGAUUGUUAUGUAAAUAAAAGAGUAUAUGUCUUUCA